AACAACUUCACCUCCUCCACCAAACUUCCUUCUCUCUUUUCCUCCUGUAUCACGAUUCUUUGACGAUUUUAUAUGAUUUUUAUGUCAGCGCCUCUCCUUACUUUAUAGUGAACACAUCCAUAAUCCCCUCCCCGUAAAACCAACCAACUCACUUACAGACCGCCGCAAUGGUGCUCCACAACCCCAACAACUGGCACUGGGUGAACAAGAACGCCGCGGGCUGGACGAAGCAGUGGCUCGAGGAGAACCUGGCCGAUGUGCAGGCCUCGGCGGGCGGCGUGACGGCCAAGAUAGAUAAACUGACGAGCAUGGACGGAGAUGUCGACGUGAACCAGCGCAAGGGCAAGGUCAUCACCAUCUUCGAUGUGAAGCUGGUCUUAGAGUAUUCCGGGAAAACCAAAGAUGAUGAGUCCGUUAGCGGUAACAUCACCGUCCCCGAGGUCGCCCAUGACACCGAGGAGGACGAGUAUGUCUUCGACAUCGACAUCUUCUCCGAAUCCUCCUCCAAGCAACCCGUAAAGGACCUCGUCCGCUCCACCCUCGUCCCCCAACUCCGCACCAUCUUCGCGAAGCUCGGCCCCGCCCUCGUCAGCGAGCACGGAAAAGACAUCCAGCACGCCCCCUCCAACAACCCCUCCUCCGGCUGGCGCACCCCGACUCACCUCCAGCCCUCCGAAGCCGCGGCCGCCGCCCCAACCACGGCCUCCAACAAGACAUCCAACGUCAACACCACCACCGUGACCGCCAGCGAGGAGUUCCGCACUACGGCCGCAGAGCUAUACGCUACUUUCACCGACCCGGCUCGCAUUGCGGCGUUUACGCGCGCGCAGCCGAGGCUGUUCGAGGGCGCGAAGGUGGGAGGGAAGUUUGAGAUCUUUGGGGGGAAUGUUAGUGGGAAGUAUGAGGUUCUUGAGGAGCCGAGGAGGAUCGUGCAGAGCUGGCGUCUGGACCAGUGGCCUGCGGGACACUAUUCGACACUCGAGUUGGUGUUUGAUCAGAAUGAUGUUGAUGGGGUUACGGUUAUGAGGGUCGAGUGGAAGGGAGUGCCGGUCGGGCAGGAGGAGGUGACGAGGAGGAACUGGAAUGAGUACUAUGUGAGGAGUAUUAAGACGACAUUUGGAUUCGGAACUAUCCUGUGAUCGCUGACUUGGAUCAGGCGAUGGAUAGGGGUCUACGUGUGUGACAGGCACAAAUAGAAGGGCUUCCAUGCUCGAUGAGAAGCGGAAUAAACGGUCUCAGAAUACUCUAGCGAUAGACAAAGAAUACAACGUCCCAAAGUCAU